AUGGAAGUGCUAAGAACUUGUGAAUUUUCUGCUGAGUACAUUGUGACACCCAUGUCCCCUGACCAGUCUGGCACCAAGAACCCAACUUGUACAAUCAUGACUUUCCAGCCAACCAUGGAGGAAUUUUCAGAUUUCAACAAAUACAUUGCUUACAUGGAGUCUCAAGGUGCCCACCGAGCUGGACUAGCCAAAGUCAUUCCACCCAAGGAAUGGACAGCCAGACAAUCCUAUGACAAUGUCAGUGGCAUCUUAAUAGCCACCCCCCUGCAGCAGGUGGUGUCUGGAGGGGCAGGUGUGUUCACUCAAUACCAUAAAAAGAAGAAAGCCAUGACAGUAGGGCAGUACCGCCACCUGGCAAACAGUGAAAAGCAUCGCACCCCAGCACACCUGAAUUAUGAAGAUUUGGAGAGAAAGUACUGGAAGAGCCGCCUCUAUGGUUCACCUCCCAUUUAUGGUGCUGAUGUCAAUGGGUCUUUAUUUGAUGAAAGCACUAAAGAGUGGAAUCUUGGCCACCUGGGGACCAUUCAGGAUCUGCUGGAGCAGGAAUGUGGCAUUGUCAUCGAGGGGGUCAACAGACCCUACCUCUACUUUGGCAUGUGGAGGACCACCUUCGCGUGGCACACGGAGGACAUGGACCUGUACAGCAUCAACUUCGUGCACUUUGGGGAGCCCAAGACCUGGUACGCGGUGCCCCCCGAGCACGGGCAGCGCCUGGAGCGCCUGGCCAGGGAGCUGUUCCCGGGCAGCGCCCAGGGCUGCGAGGCCUUCCUGCGGCACAAGGUGGCCCUCAUCUCUCCCACGGUGCUCAGGGAGAAUGGCGUCCCCUUCAGCCGCGCGACGCAGGAGGCCGGAGAGUUCGUGGUGACUUUUCCCUAUGGCUACCACGCUGGCUUCAACCAUGGCUUCAACUGCGCCGAGGCCAUCAACUUUGCCACCCCACGCUGGAUCGAUUAUGGCAAAGUGGCCUCUCAGUGCAGCUGCGGGGAGGCCAGGGUCAGCUUCUCCAUGGACGCGUUCGUGCGCCUCCUGCAGCCUGAGCGCUAUGAGCUGUGGAGACACGGGCUGGACCAGGUUAGGCGGGAGCUGAGCCCCAGGGUGGGGCUCCUGGAGUUUGGGAUGUUCCAGUUGGGCAGAAGGACUGUCCCUAGUCCUAAGGCUGAACUCCUCAGCUGCCCCUCCAGGUCCUCUCGCACUGCGGGGUGUCACCUGGCUGCAGGCACCCGUGGCUGCCCCAAAUCUGGUGGGAAGCCCUUGCUGACCGCUGGUGUGUGCACCCCUGAGGACCACUCUGCAGCUGGCAGGCAUGGCCGUGGCCGUGGGCGUGGCCAUGGCCGUGGCCGUGGGCGUGGUCGUCAUCCCCGUGAAUGGGGGGCGGCUGAGCCCACUGUCCUGCCGCAGACCAAAAGGCUCCGAGUGGUGCAGGCAGAGUGCGCAGUGCAGGGUCUGGGUGCUCUUAGCCUUCCUAGGGAUGAAGACUCACCUGAGAGCCUCCUGCCCCUCUUUCCCGCCAAGGCUUCUGGAUGUUGCUGUGCUCCUGAUCUUCAACCUUUGGGGCCUCCACUGGACCCUGACAAUCCCAUGCACCCUGGACCAUGCUUGCUGUCUCUGGACAGCUUUGUGACUGAUCUCCCUUUAUUUCUUCCACCAACCUCUCACAAAGGCAUUGUGCCUUGGAGCAGGUUCUCCAGGGACAGUGCUGGGAUUGGUAUGACCCCCAUGAACCUGGCUGAGGUUGUAAGGAUGGACCACUCCUAUGCCAAAUGGUGA